AUGCCCAGCACCCUUCUUUUCUUGUUUUACUUCAAUCGCUUCCUGGCCUACAUUCUCUCUUUUCUGAUCCGGCUCUACACAUGGCACCACUACCGUGUAUAUGUGCAAAUCCAAGCUCUCCAAGUCUCUCCACUCGCCGGGCGAGUCUUCUUCAAAGGCGUGAAAUACUUCGGAAGGAACGAGUCCAUCCUUAUUCAAGAUGGGUACAUUACUUGGAGAUAUUGGUUGCUGCGCGUCCAAGACAUUGGUCACGGCGCAUCUGUGCAAAGACCUGACAGCGAGAAUGUUAGAUCAAGUAGUGGUUCUGAUCAGGACGAUAACGGAGACGAAGAAGAAGCUGCAGCCCCACUGGAGUCCGCGCGCGUUCCGUGCAGGAUUUCCGCAAAAGCACGUGGAGUGCAAUGGUUCAUCUACAAUAGAAGUCCGGCUUAUGACAUGAUUUUGCAGAGUAUGACCAGAUCCAAGGAGCUUCAUGAGGUCAACAAAAAUGGACAAGGCUUAAACAGGAAGAGUACGGAAGACACCAGCAUUGAAGAAAAAUCUAGGAGCUUGAACGAUACACUACAAGGAGAAGGAAUGUAUCAUAGAACUGACACUGAAUAUGAGAACUCCAACAAGGCGACUGCGAGAACCAGUACGAAAGAAAGUGCCUUCUCUGAAAAACCUCAAGUCACAAAGCUUCCGAGCUUCCUCAAUAUUCUACCUAUCGCAGUAGAGUGUGGCAAAGCAGCAGUCGUAAUGGGCAAUCAAAGUACAAAAUCGAUACUGGUUGCCAAGAUUGACGGCGCCACAGGACAAUUUACGGCUCAGCCUUCUCAAGCUGCUGACCUUUAUAAACAAGUCAUCAACUUCAAUUUUGAGCAUCCAACAAUACAAUUCAAGCAGAAUAAAGAUUACAAGGAUCAAAUAUUUGUUGAGGGCCAGAAGCUAUGUGCCCGGAAUGGCCAAAAGUUGCCCAAAAGGAAAUCCUGGUAUGGCAGACUGUAUCGUGAACAAGGUGCGCGUCGUGCUAGCGAAUUUCUCAAAGAAUUCCUUCCUCAUCGCAGAGGCUCUGUCGAUAGUUUGAAACGAUCCCACACAAAGGGCCGAGGCAAGGAGGAAAUGCUUCAUGAUGAUCUGGGGGCUUAUGGUCAGAGCAAAUGGCUCGGUCUUACACGGUAUCUUGAUGACGAGGAUGAUAUGGUGGAACAAGAACGCUGGAAAUCUAUUGAAUAUGCACAGCUACCGCAAAUUGUAGAUUGCCCAAGUGUCUCAAUGAGCUUCUACUGGGACGUCCCUGGCCUGGUCGCCCGAGAUUUUGAAAUGGAUGAGAAGUUUUCUCAAAUAAAUGAUAAUAUCAAUGGUGACCCGUCACCAGAGUGGGGAAUUGAAUUGAAAGUUCGUGGAGGCUCUGUCAACUACGGUCCAUGGGCAGAUAGGCAGCGUACGGACUUCCAAAAUGUCUUUUUUCCCCCAAUACACAUGGAUGGCAGACCAGUCAACCAUCUGCCAGCCGGCGCAACAAGAGUCAAUACGGAAUUGAAGAUUAUCGUGAUCUUUGAGAAUCAAGUCACAGUGCGUGUCCCAACGAGAGAAGAAUCCAAGGACUGGCAAUGGAGGCAUCGAGUUUCUUCAUCAAAUGCCGGAGACGCAAACCGAAAGAGAAAAUUUCACCCAAAGCUUUGGAAGACUGUUAAGGCCAGUCAAGGUCCAGAGUCCCGGCCUUUCGGCUGGAUUGAUGCCAAAAUUUUGCCAGACUCUACCAUUAGUGCCACCAUCGGAAUGCUGGCAAGGGCUGACGGAUACUUUAACGGAGUGGAUGUAGAUCUCAAAGGUCUCGAACUGUCAUCGAGCGUCAACCAUACAUUGUUCUGGAGGUCACAGGCGCAGUCAAUUAGCUGCAACUUGUCUAAUCCACUUAGAUGGAAUGAUCUCCGCCAAUGGCACAUUGCACUUGUGGAUACCGGUCUCGAACUUUUUAUGCUACGAGAUCAUAUGUUCUUACUCACGGAUCUGAUCAACGAUUGGGCGUCUGGACCUCUGCCUGAUUAUUUCACAUUCGUACCGUUCGAGUAUGCUCUAGAUCUUCGGUUUUCGGCCCUGAAGCUCUAUAUCAAUGCGAAUGAUUCCAACAUUAUCGACAAUCCCUGCGACAUGAGUGAAAAUACAUACGUAAUGCUCUGCUGUCCGGAACUAGACGCACGCCUAUUGAUACCUAUGCGACAUUUUCGCGUUUCCAAAAACAAGGUAGAAUUCGACGCCAACGCCCGAGAUGGAAGCCUUGAGCUGGUAACGCCAUCCUGGAAUACGCAACACACCUUUCUGGACAGCGGGGAUAUUGCUACUUUGAAGGAACUUAAAUUGAGCGGUUCUUAUAAUUACUUCACAACGACAUCACCUACACUAACCGACACUUUGUACAUGGAUGUAUUUGGGUCUGUGUUGAGAUUACGUCUGUAUGGCUUCUUGAUCAGGUACUUCAUGAAUAUCAAAGAAAAUUACUUUGGAGAAGACUUGCAUUUCCGGACUUCAGAAGAGUAUCAACGACAAUUGCAAAUCCCGCGGGGCGCAGGCGACGAGAGUGAUAACGCUGAGCAGCACAAGCGACCAAGUAAUGACUUGGACACCAUCCUUGUUAUCAAGGCUGAGAAAGCUUGUGCUAUAUUACCUGCGCAGCUGUAUGCCGCCUCAACGGGAGUCAAGAUAGAGAUUUUCUCCGUUGGUGCAGAUCUUAGGAUUACGAAUUAUUACAUGGAUCUUGCUGUCACUUCGAGCCCUGUUUGCUUAUCCCAGAUUCAAAGCUGUCAAACCCUCUCAAGUCUAGCUGAGGCCACCCCCGAGACACAAAUGUGUGUCCAAGGGGUAAACGUGGAUGGCCACCGGCUUUUCGGUUUACCACCAGACGAGCCUACAUACGUAUGCAAAUGGGCGUUCGACGUUGGUCCUAUACGGGGACAAAUGGUAAUCGACUUCCUCCGUACUUUUACCCUCGCAGUCGGGUGCUUCGCUCUAUCUCUAGACGACAGCGAAAAUGCGUUGAGUCUGAUCGCUAAAGCUGUAAUUCACGAUGUGACUUUCCUUCGCGCGACAAUCCAAUCUGUUCAUCUAGCACUUUGCAUUGAAGACGCUGUCUGUCUGGUAAGCAGUCACGCUAUUGAAGUCACUUUCAAUGACUGGGCAGGCUCGCUUUUUUCUGAUCGCCUACGAGCCAUCAUCACAAAUCUUGUUGUAGCGAUAACAGAUAGCCACAACUCCAGUUCUUCACAAAGCAGCCUGGCAUCCAUGGCCGAAACACAUGCGUACAUCAAGACAAGCGUAACGAUAGACCAGGUUUCAAGGGCGCUAGAUUUCCAACAGAAGCGUCGUCUACAGCAAGAGCAUCUUUUGCUUCAAGACGCCCGAACAAAUCGGGUACCUUGGCUUAAACAUGUCCACGAUAAUAGCCAAUCGCUGCCCUCGGGAGCAACAGGUCCGAAAACACGAAUCCCAGCAAUGCAAUAUCCUCAGAUGCCAAGUCCACUUUCCAGAAAUCGAUCCAAAGCAGAACAGGUGACCAACGAGACUUCUUCGCAGAAUUCAAGUACAAGUCGGCAAAGCCGAAUGUCAUUCAUGCAGGAACAGACUUCAAAUCAGAGAAUUCGAAAUUUCUUUCACGGGAAGGCGUCAUUAAAGACUGGUUCAGCCGAGAGAUCACCGGAAUCAUCGCAUCGCGGUGUCUCGACCGAUCAAACCCAUCAUAAUGCGCACUCCAGUAUUGGUGUGAUGCCUCAGCACAAUCAUCGCCCCAAAGAAAAGGAACCUCAAACCCAACGGAAGACUUUCGAGCGGCCAAGUCUAGCUUUCUCGAGCCCGUACAAAAUGCCAGCCUUCACUCUCCUGACGAUCUCACCAGACACCAGAAGAGUUCCACGCGUACCUGACAAUCUGCCCGGUGAUGGUAUCUUCCUUGAAAGCGAGACAAUUGCUGACUACAAAACCCGGAUAGUUGGUCAGGACGUGGAGCAAACCAGCCUCAUGAUCAGUCUUCUGGAAGGCCUACAAAUGUUCUGUACUUCUAAGGCUCUCAUGCUCUUGACCCAUAUGAUGGACGAAAUGCAGACAUACGACCUGUCAUCACUUUUAGACAAUCUUCAUAUCGAGGCGGUGAAGGAAGUGUUGAAUGUGGAAGGCAAGCGAAAGCGAGGCCUUGAAUUAACCGACUUGCGCUUUUUUGCUCCCUACUCUGCUGUCAGGUUCUCAAAUGUCACCGGGCCUGCAUCAGACGCUUCGUCAGAGGAGCAAUACGACCUCACAGUAAACAACUUGUCGCUAGUCGCGAGGUCUAGCAUCGCCCCACAAAAAGAUCGUAAUGAUGAGGCUGAAGGCGAUGCUACUUUCCAUAUGCUUGUCAACGAGCUCGAGUUCUCUGCAAGAGAGGCAUCGAAAAAUAAUGCUGUCGAACAAGCAGUAGUCAGCUUGCGAGUGGACAAACCAAUGAUGUGGUUGCUAAAAGGCUCGACGACGUCGAUAGAAUUACAGCUUGGCGAUCUUGUGCUCACAGGGACAAGUAGAAGGGUUGACUAUAUAUCAUCUCUUCUGCGGCAGACGGCUCUCGUUGCCCAAGACUUGGCAGACAAGUUUUCUCGCGUUGCGCAAAAACAUCGCCUGCGACGCCAGCUAUUCGUUUUGCUUCUCGCCGAAGAGGGUCAAUCUGCACCUGAUCCUCCGUUCUUAAGCGGAGCUUCUGUCUUGAGAAGCUCGACAAGCCAUCUCCGUACCAGCCACUCUUGGCGCAUGGUAUCAAGAUUUCGAUACAUAUACAUGAAUCUUCCUAGCCAAUCGAAGGAAGAGAUGCAGACUCAAUGCGUUCAAAGGUGGGCUGCAUGUCCAAAAGAUGCUGCCAAGCUCGUGGACUCGUUUUUCGAACAAUGGCGCAUGUGGGACAUGGGAGACGCAGCAUCUAAUCUACUGAUGCGGAAGGUAUACGGUCAGAAGUACAAUGGCGCUAUCACCGAGAAACAUCUACCGCUCGUGCUUGCAACAAUCAAGGCUCGGCAAAUUCGAUUCAUCAUUGAGCCUGGUAUGGCCCAGAAUGAGCUAGUUCUAGAACACUGCCUAUUUGGUGUCUCAACAAGAGACCAAUUGUCGUCUCGCAUACUGAGACUGAACUGGUCAUUAUGUGAACUUGUGGAGAACAUAAUGGAGACAAUGCAAUCAAGCAAUCUCUUAGAACCCAACCAAAGCUCACCAGUCGUUCAGACCCAGGAUCCCGCAUACGCAGGGCUGCACAUCGUCGCGUCAUCCAAGAUGAGUAUUCUCAAUGUCGAUAUAAUCAAUGCUAAGAUUGUUACCGUCUGUAAAGGGCUUCAGACAUCCAUCCUCAAAACCAAACCUAAGAGUGCUCAAACUCGCGGCUCAAUUAAUCUUCUUCUCAAUGCCACGGCGGUGAGAACCGAAGCUCACGAGGAUUCAGCUCAACUCUAUAUCUAUAAUUUGCAACGGCCACAUUUGUUCGGAUGUCGGAGGCUCGCGCGAUAUGGCGAGAUAGAGAAGCCGUGGACAUUCGUUGGUUCAGGUCAUCAAAUCACGUUACAGACAUUGAAAACGCCAUUAGAGUUGACUGAAGUCAUCGACAAGGUGAUUCAAGAGGAAGUAGUACAUCUUGCGAAGUGGUCGAGAACUUUGCCAAGGUUGAAAACCCCAUCAUCUUCUACAAAGGCCAUUCGACCUUCCGGAGGUUUCCCCAAAGCUCACGUAGCCUUGUUCUUGGAUGCCUACAAUAUCAAUGUCGCUAUACUACCCUCUCUUGUUUACGAGAUAAGUGGACAUGGCAUCCGAUUAUCACUGCAGUCCGCUGCAUUGAAAUCUUCUGUGAUCAGCGUGGACAUUGAUCUGAAAGAACAUGCCCAUACAUUCAGAUCAGAUCUCGACAAGCGGCCGUCAACUAUCUCGACAUUAAUGAUCCCUCCUAUUCAAGGCUACCUCAAGACUAAAUUUCAGCCUCGCCGAAAUGUGGUUAUCUGUCGCCUUACGGCAGAACACAUCAGUCUAAAUGCUUCCUCAUUGCACGCCGUUUUUGACGCCGUCAACCAGCCCGCAAUCCUAGAGCUCGGCAAAGAUUUGAGGCAUGAAGCCCAAUUGUUGCAGCAGCAUAUUGACGUUGUUUUCCAUGUUAAUGCACCAGAAGCUGUAGCGAAAGAGCCAUCUUCAGUGCCAUUGAUGUUUGAUGCAAAGGCUUUGGUGUCCGGGGUCACAGUCCACGCGUUGACGCCGCAUUCCCCGAGUAUCCCUCCAACCCUAGAGCAAGCUGCUGAGUUCAAGUUUGAUUUUGGUCAGCUGAUCCUGCAAGGGACGAAUAUCGAUCCAAAAACUCGCAGCGUGAUGCCAAUGGCAGAGUUCAAAGCCCAAAUGGACUCUAUCAAGCUUGACUUGCUACGGCCUGAGGACCUCGACUUUCGAAAUUGCGGGAGCCUUACAUUGGCAUUGAUGCUUACCGGCACUUCCAAGCUCAAAGACAAUGGUACGCUUGUGAGGUCUUUCGAGAUUCGAAGCAGCAGUCUUCAGAUCGUCAUAUUCACGGAAACGGCUUCCGCCGCCCUCACGAUCUUGGGUCAUUUGCAAGAAACUCUACAGACCAUAGAAUUACCCGCCCAGGUCAAGGACAUUCGAAAGCUCGGUCGAGAGAGACUACGAAGGGAGGGCCUUCUCCCUUCUGCCUUCCACAAUGCAAAGAAAGAUGAAGGCUACACGAUUGCUUCCGAUUUCAGCGCUAUGUAUUCAUUAAUCAUGGAAGAUAUUCAAAUCGCUUGGAAAAUUGGAAAUGCGAUCCCCGUCUCACCCGUAAGAGAAGUAGAAGACCUGAUCUUGUCCGUUCAGAAAGUCGAUCUAGCAACCAAGACGGACAACGCGGCAAAACUCAUCGUUGAGAAACUUCAACUGCAAGUCGCUCCGCCCGCGCAAGCAGGCGGGUUUCGUUCCUCAACAUCUGCAUUCAUGCCUGAAGUGCUAUUCAACGUGGCAUAUAGAUCUACACGUAAGGAUCGCAGAUUAGCUUUUCAAGCAGUUGGGAAGACACUAGACUUGAAAUUCACGUCUCAGUCAAUUCUUCCCGCGAACGAUCUACGACGUUCAAUAGCUGUAGCGACAAACCAGGUGAGAGAGGCCACUGACCGUUACAAGAUGAACAAGCAAUCUACUGGAACAAAUAAAGCUACUUUCUUGGGCAACAAGAAGCUAGCUUCUUUGCUAGUUCACGCGGAUUUUGCAGGUGCCAUCGUUCAGAUGCAAGGCAAGACUAUCAUCGACCCUGCAUCGACAGCAAUGCAUUUGAUUGAGGCCCGACGACGUCCCCAGCACGGUCGUUACAAUCAAUUCAUUCCUCAAAAGUCCAGCAACAGUAGCGCGACAUUACAAGCGCCUGGUAUCGCCCUCAAAGUUGAAUUCAAGGACUCGGAUCCUAGUUCAAAGUCGCUAAGCGCCGAGAUGAAAGUAUCAGCCUCCUCUAAUACUCUUUUCCCUGCAGUGGUACCUCUGAUAAUGGAGUUAUCUUCAAGCAUUAAGGAAAUUGUUGAAGAGCCUAACUCAGCCACAGACCCACAUCCCAGAAGGGAAUCGAAGAUGCUCCAGUCAAAGCUUCUUGAAGAUGAUAAACUCCGCGCUGGCGAUCCUAGUACCUUACUUGGGGAUUGUAAGCUCAAUUUGGGACUUCGCAUUUGCAAGCAAGAUUUCAGCCUUAGCUGCCAACCCAUUGCUCGCGUUGCAGCGCGCGCUCGCUUUGACGACAUUUACAUCACAGUAAACACAGCCCAGUCUCACCAGCAUGGUAAAUUUUUUACAAUCACAGGAGCUUUCACUGGGCUAGAGGCGUCUGUCCAACACGUGUACUCACGUGAAUCAACUGGCAAUAUUAAAGUCGACUCUGUAGUGGUAUCGCUCAUGAACAGCAGACAUGUCACUGCAGUGAACGGCAUAUCAGCGAUUCUCAAGCUAAGCCCGCUGAAGGCUCAGGUAAACGCAAAGCAGUUGCAAGAUUUUCUGCUCUUCCGAGAGAUAUGGAUUCCACAAGAAAUACGAGGGGCACCAUCCGACCCUUCGCUUAACGCGUCGAGUUCAGAACAAGGAUAUAUGAUGCAACGUUAUCAGCAAAUGGCUGCUGCAGGAUCCUUCCCCUGGAAUGCAACUAUCUCAAUAGAGGAGCUUGAUGUCUCGCUUGACUUGGGCCAGUCCAUUGGCAAGCCAACUUUUAAGGUAUCAGAAUUCUGGAUUUCAUCUCAAAAGUCGUCAGACUGGGAGCAGAAUCUGUGUGUUUACUUCCGUAAUGUCGGCGUCGAAUCUACAGGGAGAACAAGCGGUAUCAUAAACAUGCAAAAUCUCAGGGUGCGAACUUCCAUCAAGUGGACCAAUGCCAAUGCCACGACCAGUCAACCUCAGACGCCUUUAGUUCAAGCGUCCGCAGGAUUUGAUUUUUUGCGAGUGAAAGUAAGUUUUGAUUUCCAGGCGUUCUUGGUUGCCGACUUAACCAAUAUCGAUUUCUUGAUGUACAACGUCAGAGGCUCCGAAGCCGAGGGUCGUGAUCGUCUUGUCAGCGUCCUCAAAGGUGACCAAGUGCAAGCUUUCUGCACAACGUCCAGCGCCGCUCAAGCUUAUGCAUUAGUGCAGGCUUUUCAACGUCUCAUUGAGGAAAAGCAGAAAGCGUACGAAGCAUCGCUGGUCGAUAUCGAACGAUUUCUGCGCAGAAAGUCCACACUGGUUCCGAUGUCGGUCCGGGAAACCUUAGAUAGGCAGCAAAGCAAAGAUGAAGAACAGCCGAAGUCUCCUCUGCGCCUGCAGACAGAUGUGGUUGUCACGAUUAAAGCUGUAAAUCUUGGAGCCUUUCCCGGAGUCUUCACGGACACGCAGGUCUUGAAGACUGAAGCUAUUGGCACGUAUUCGCGCUUUACAGUCUACCUCGAGCAAGACCGCAUCCACAGUACACUCAGCAUGACCUUGGGCCAGCUCCGUGUGGCACUGUCCGGCGUAAACAGAGCUUCAAGGACAUUAGGCGAUAUCACCAUUGAGGAGGUGAUCACAUCUGCGACAGGCGCCAUAGGAGGCACGAUCUUGAAAGUUCCACAAUUGAUUGCAACGAUGCAAACAUGGCAGGACUUCGGCUCUACACACAUUGAUUACAUUUUCAAGAGCUCCUUCCAAGGCAGAGUCGACGUCGGAUGGAACUAUUCACGGAUUAGUUAUAUCCGUGGAAUGCAUGCAAAUCAUGUCAGGAAGCUCGCACAAAGGCUGGGGAAACCCCCUCCACAGUCGGCUGUUCAGAUUACGGGCUUGGGGGCCGAAGGUGGCGGAGCACUCAAAGAAGGCGGACAAGAGAAAAUCACAGCCGUGGUCAAUGUUCCGCAAUCAAAGUAUCAAUAUACCGCUUUGCAGCCGCCCAUCAUCGAGACUCCGCAAUUGAGAGACAUGGGCGAAGCAACUCCACCGCUGGAGUGGAUUGGCCUGCAUAGGGAAAGACUGCCGACGCUGACUCAUCAGAUUGUUAUUGUGACAUUACUGGAAGUGGCCAAAGAAGUAGAUGACGCAUAUUCCAAGAUCCUGGGCUCGUCAGGAGGGGAUCUGGUGGAUCAUUGA